AUGACCAAGUUCGCUGCUCUUACUGUAGCCAUCGCCCUCCUGCAGGGAGCCCAUGCCUACCCGGCCCAGGCCCAACCAGUCUGUAAAGGUGUUGACAUUAACACGUCCGAUAACCCCAGCUUAAUCAUCACAGACCGCGCAACCCGCACUCUUGUUGCUCGCGCCCCUCCGGCAUCUUUUACAGCAAAUCCCAACAUCGGACCUGGCGGUUCCUCAUAUAGAGACUCUGCUCAUUUCCGUGUCUAUGCCUCCGAUCUAGGGGCCGCAGACCGCGCCUUGUCGAUGCUGGAGGGUGUUUACUCCUGCUUUGUUGACACCCUCGGCUGGCGGUCCACCGGGCUUUCCUACAACGACAACAAUGACAAUGAUGGACCUUGGGUCAAGGUCAACAUCUACAGUGUUGCAAACCUCCCCGGUGCUGCCGGUGUUAUGCACUCUGAUUUCGCCACCGGCAUGGCAUGGCUGGAGGUUGCAAACCCGUACCUCGUCACUCCUGUCACAAUUCACGAGUUCGGACAUGGCCUCCACUAUCACCAAAAGACCUGGGUCAACCAAGGCCGAACAGGCGCCUGGUGGGAGACGCUGGCGAACUGGGUUUCCGACACGUUCUUGACUUCGCCAUUGUGCGCAAACGCCCGGAGCCAGUAUGGGCAGGCAACUCCUCAGACCAGCGAGAUUGAUGUCAUCAAGACAAUUGGUGACUCUUUCCAAGUCAUUGUAGAUGGAAGUGCUGGGUCUGGAAACUACUACCAGGCAUGGCCGUUCUUCACCUACAUCACCAACAACCCGGACAACUUUGCCGGUCUCGGGCGCGAUGUGUUGCGCCAGCUCAUGGUCCGAUACAGCGCCAACUCCAAUGAGACUCCCCUUCACACUCUGCAACGUGUAUCCACUGGCGCGACCGUUGCAAGGAUCGUUGGGAAAUACUGGGCUCGCAUGGCAUACCUCGACAUUGGGCACACCCAGGCGCGGACCGUAUUCCUGAACCAGAGGAGCCGGAUCAACUACGCCAACGUCGACUCGGCCGGCAGUGGUACCUACCGCGUAAAGUCUGCACGCAGGCCGCGCUACAUGGGCGCAAACAUCAUCCCCCUCAAGAACCCGUCCGGCACGGUGACUGUCAGAAUCACCACGAGCGGCCAGCUUACCUCUCACUUGGUCGUCAGAAACACAGGCAGCGGUGCGGUCAGAUAUGUUGAGCUUAGCAACGGCCAAGGUAGCGUGAGUGUUGCUGGGGGAGAAGAAGCCAGCCUCGUCGUUGCUAACACGCCGGCCAACCUUAUUCUUUUCGACCCCUUUUCUCUUGGGUCCGAUGUCAACACAGGCGUGGACUACUCGUUCACUUUGUCGGGUGCAACUGCUUAG